UCUUAUAUGUGUAUGUGUGUAUAUAUAUACACGCAAAAGACACACAUGGGUCGGCGUUGAAAUUUGACGAUUAAGAUUUGGGAAGAUGGGGGUUGAUCUCGAAUCAAUAUCGGAGGCAACCUCAGGUGCCAUUGGAUCACUGCUGAGCACCACCAUUUUAUACCCUCUUGACACCUGUAAGACCAAGUACCAAGCUGAGGCUCGCGCUCAUGGGCAGCAAAAAUACAGGAACCUCUCAGAUGUUUUAUGGGAAGCAAUUUCAACGCAUCAACUUCCUUCGUUAUAUCAGGGCCUUGGCACGAAAAAUUUGCAGUCCUUCAUUUCACAGUUUAUAUACUUUUAUGGGUACAGUUACUUCAAAAGAACGUAUUUGCAAUGGUGUGGUUCUAAAUCAAUUGGGACGAAAGCAAACUUGGUAAUUGCUGCUGCUGCUGGGGCUUGUACUGCAAUAAUUACUCAGCCUCUGGAUACAGCCUCCUCAAGAAUGCAGACAAGUGACUUUGGAAAAUCCAAAGGUCUAUGGAAAACCCUGACGGAGGGUACUUGGAAUGAUGCCUUUGAUGGCCUUGGGAUCUCUCUUUUACUGACCUCUAACCCUGCAAUUCAGUAUACUGUAUUUGAUCAGUUGAAACAAAGGCUCUUGAAGGCGAAACAAACUGAAGGGGACAAGGGUUCAUCACCUGAGGCUCUUUCCGCCUUCAGUGCAUUUAUGGUAGGGGCACUCGCAAAGAGCAUUGCCACCAUUUUGACAUACCCUGCAAUCAGGUGUAAGGUAAUGAUCCAAGCUGCAGAUUCAAAUGAUGACGACACGAAGAAAGCUCGUCCAAAAUCCAAUAAAACAUUGCCUGGAGUAAUCUAUGCUAUUUGGGGGAAAGAGGGUUUGGUGGGCUUUUAUAAGGGUUUGCAUGCUCAGAUAUUGAAGACUGUCCUAAGUUCAGCAUUGCUUUUGAUGAUCAAGGAAAAAAUCACCGCAACGACAUGGGUCCUUAUACUUGCAAUCAGAAGGUAUUUGUUGCUCACCAGGGGUAGAGUAAAAAGUUCUUGAAGAUUAGGCUUAAAAUCACAUGUAUAUAUUGUGGCUUUAAUUGUUUCCGCCGAAACAUAUGUACUUUCUAGAUUCAAUUCUCUAAACGCGAAGCUCACAGUAUUAGCAAAUAAAAGUUCAAGAAGCUAGGAGGAUUCAUCAUCUAGGCGAGCGCAAUGCUCGGAACAAUUUUUGGAUUUGGGAGAAUAACCUAAUGCAGGAAGUUUUUACCAUGCAAUGAUAAUGUUCAAUUAUCUUGUAACAUUUGUAAGGCAUGUUAUGAGAUUUGAUAGACCUUUUCCCUCUUUUCGUGGUA